AUGGCGAGCAGUGAGCUGGCGGCAGGCGAGGGCUGGUGUCCAUCCCAGUUAAAGAUCGUCCUUCUGGGUGGCAGGAACUCAGGGAAGAGCUCCUUAGGAAACCUUCUCCUGGGCAAAGAGGAGUUUGCCACCAAGGAGAGGACGUCCUGCUCCAGGAGGUUGUCUCUGGUGGGCAGAUGCUGGCUGACGGUGGUGGACGCCCCCGGCUGGUGGUGCGACUUCACUGCAGAGGAGACCACCCGGCUGGUGAGGAGGGAGAUCCGGGCGAGCGUCCCUCUGUGCUGCCCAGGCCCGCACGUCUUCCUGAUCACGGUCAAGUCCAGCUUGGACUUCACUCAGAGGCGUCGCCGGGCCCUGGAGGAGCAUGUGGGUCUCCUGGGGGAGCGGGUGUGGAGUCACUGCCUGGUGGUCUUCACCUCAAUGGACAAGGCGGCCCGGGAGGUCCCGGAGGGGGCGGCGGUACGCUGGCUGAAGAGCAAGUGUGGACAGAGAUACCUCACCUUGAGCGGAGGACAUGGAGCCUCGGAGCUUCUGGAGAGCAUCCAGAGACUGGUCACUGAAAAUGGAAACCGAGUGUUUGAACUGACGGAGAGCGUCUGCAGGGGCAUCGUGGAGGAGGAGACGCGCGUGGAGGAGGCGGCUCAUGCCAGGCUUCUGAUGAUGAAGACCCAGAGAUCCAUCAUGAGAGAGCGGGUCCGUCCUCUCCCGGAUGUCAGGAUUGUGCUGCUCGGAGCCAAAGGUUCGGGAAAGACGUCAGCUCUUAACACCAUCCUGGGCCGGGAGGACCGGUCCUCAGGGAGAACGUCCAGCUGCGCGGUGGGAAGAGGCGUGGCGUUCGGGAGACAGGUGACGGUGGUGGACACCCCCGGCUGGUGGAUGAACUACUUCAGCGACGAGAGCGCCGUCUUCGAUAGGAGACAAAUCCAGCUCAGCCCGUCCUUGUGUCCUCCCGGUCCUCACGCCUUCCUGCUGGUGAUCCGCGUGGACCGGGCCUUCUCCGAGACCUACAGGAGGGCGGCGAGGGAGCACCUGGAGCUGCUGGGCCGGGACAUCUGGAGUCGGGUCAUGGUGCUGUUCAGCUUCGGGGACUGGCUGGGGGCCACGACCAGCGAGCGGCACAUCGAGAGCGAAGGCGAGCCUCUGCGCUGGCUGGUGGACCGCUGCGGGAACCGCUACCACGUCCUCAACAGCAGGACCCGAGGAGACGGCUUCCAGGUGAGGGAGCUGGUGGGGAAGAUCGAGGAGAUGGUGGCGGGCUGUGGCGGCCGGCAUCACGAGGUCCCCAGGACAGAUGCGGACGAGCUGGAGAGGACGAUGAUGGCCGAGAUGACGAGAGCCAAGGACAGGCUGACGAGGCGGGGGAGGCAGAGGAGGGCGGCCCGCAUGCAACUUGAGAAGCUCCGCCCCCUCACAGAAGUCACGCUGCUGUUGAUUGGCGGCAAGAAAACAGGCAAGAGCUGCUGUGGAAACACCAUCCUGAACAGAGACUGCUUCCCCGCCCACCGCCAGACCACUUCCUGCGCCGUGGAACGAGGCAGGAUCUGUGACAAGGUAGUGACGGUGCUGGACACGCCCGCCGGCUUCCGCGUCACCGCCGACCUCCUGAGGACGCCCUGUGCCGUGCUGCUGGUGGUCAACGCCAGCGCCUCGUUCUCAGAGAGCCGAGGCGUCGCCUUGGAGGCUCAGCUGCAGGGCGGGGACUCGGCCUGGCGCAGAGCUCUGGUCCUGUUCAGCCACGGAGACUGGCUGGGCGACGCCGGCAUCGAACGACGCAUCGAGAGCGAGGGAGCGGCCCUGCGGAGGCUGGUGGAGAAGUGUGGGAACAGGUACCACGUGCUGGACAACAAGCGGCGCCAGGAUGGCGGGCAGGUCGUGCAGCUGAUGAUGCGGGUGGAGGAGAUGCUGGCUGCUUCUCAUCACACGACACAGGCAUCCACUGCGCACGCUGACGCGCUCUGCAGGAAGGACGUGUGUUUGAUGCCAGGUGGAGGACAGCAGCUUCCGCAUGACGUGGCAGCCAGUGAUUCCUCCACGCGUCCAUCAGUCAGCCACGCAGCGGAUGAAAAACAGGUCGCGCUUCUGGACACGAGGCGGGAACGAGGACGGACUGAUCUGUCCGUGUGGAACAGCGGGAACGCCGCUUCCCGUUUGGUCGCCAUGCUCGCUAGUGCAGACAGGCUGAGGGCGGGAGGCGGCCACAGGUUAACCGUUAACGUUCCGGGGUGGCUCCACGCUCCCACGAUGCUCCUGGUGCUGCCCCACACUCACCUCGGGAUGCUUCCAGGAGGGAGCGCCGGCCUCGAGCGCUCCCUCUGCAUCCAGAGUGACCUCCGGAGCGACCGGGCCAGCCUGGAGGAGCUGGAGGCCUUCAUUGACUCCUACUUUGAGCUGCUGUGGGAGCAGGUCACGGCGCCGCCUCAGGCGUGUGACUCCGCCCCCACGGUGCACAGCGACAACGGCGUCGAGGGUGAGCUUCUUUCGUCCAUCGAUCAGAAACUCUCCAAGCUGGACCUCCUGGAGGACAUCCGGGUAGACCUGGCAGAGGUGAGGAGGAGUUUGGAGCUCAGCUGGACGAUCAUACAGGACCUGAGACGCAAAAGCAAACGCAACGCCAGGUCACAACAUUAGGUACACCUGCCAGCCCUGAUACAUGAGCUGUAUACAAAAACAAUAUGUUUAUUACUGUAGCUAGCAGUGCUGCACAACAGCAUAAUGACAAUAAUAAACAUAUUGUGAAUGAGGAACUGUGGGCAUCCUUCACACGCUCGUCCACAAGAGGGAGCUGUUGCACCAUCGGACUACAGCUUUGCACACACGUGGACACAACUUGAACAUCAUCCACUGUGGCAGGACAUCAUUGUGGAACAGCUGGGCCCACUUUCACCACCAUUACAGCCACCAUUAUCUCUCCGUCAAUGUGUCACACAGAAUGGACAUUUUUAAUAAAGCCACGCACUCUUUGAAUGAAGAUAUCGGAAUAAAAUAUCUGUAUUUGACGACUUUAGAUUUACAAAUGAUGUACUUGUACAAUAUAUAGUUGAGAUAAAAAGGGUAAAUAAUGCUCACAGGUAUUCAGUUGAUAUGAGAAUUUCAUGUAGUGCUGAGUUGUUCAUAAAUCGUGCAACUUUUAUUACUUUUUUUUAUAUUUUAUAUACAUUUAUUGCAUUAUUUUACCAACAGGAGAAAGGCAAAUGUUGCUACUGUGUGAAAAUAUAUUUUUUUUU